AUACACGGGACUCCUUCCCCAGCUGGCUUCGGAAACGUCCAAAGUCGCCUCCUCCCCUUCUCCGUUCAAAGCAAGCCUUCUUCUUCUUCUUCCGUCCCCUUUCCACUGGUUUCACGCGUCCAAACCCGGUCGAGCACGCACCUCCACGACUCGAUCCAAAUCAUUCCGGGGAGCGUCCAACUCGGAGCAGAAGAGAUCGCCCGACGAGCUAGCUCCGGGCCGAGCAAGCAAGCUAGCCAUGGCGCCGGCGGUGUCGGCGCUGGCCAAGUACAAGCUGGUGUUCCUCGGCGACCAGGCGGUGGGCAAGACCGCCAUCAUCACCCGCUUCAUGUACGACAAGUUCGACGCCACCUACCAGGCCACCAUCGGGAUCGAUUUCCUCUCCAAGACCAUGUACCUCGAGGACCGCACGGUUCGCCUGCAGCUAUGGGACACGGCUGGGCAGGAGAGGUUCCGGAGUCUGAUUCCAAGCUACAUCAGAGACUCUUCUGUCGCGGUCAUCGUCUACGAUGUAACUGACACGCAAUCGUUUCUGCAUACAUCGAAGUGGAUCGAUGAGGUGAACACGGCAAGAGGCAAAGAUGUGCUGAUCGUGCUCGUCGGAAACAAAACAGACCUCGUUGACCAGAGGCAAGUGCCCACGGACGAAGGGGAGGCCAAGGCCAAGGAGCACGGCGCCUUGUUCAUGGAGACCAGCGCCAAGGCCGGCUUCAACAUCAAGGCUCUGUUCCGCACGAUCGCCGCGUCCCUGCCUGGGAUGGACGCCCUCUCGUCGGCGAAGCAGGAGGACAUGGUGGACAUCAACCUGAGGCCCGCCUCCGGGCCAGCAGGCUCAGGCGCGCCUGGGCAGCAGGAGCAGAAAGCAGGAGGAUGCUCUUGCUGAGCUUUGUGUUCUUUUAUUAGAGGAGAGAUUUUUGAGCAAGAAUGUAAUUUUGACCAAAACAGAUUGCGGACAGAGAAAUGCAAAAUUUGUUAGGCGUGAGAAGAAAAAAACAUCGCCGUUGCCGGGGAUCGAACCCGGGUCACCCGCGUGACAGGCGGGAAUACUUACCACUAUACUACAACGACUUGGUGAUGAUAGGCGGAAUGCUGCUUACUAAUCGCUAACGACGGUUAAUUACCUACAUUGUGUGAGCUAGAUGUCAUGUUUCUGCCUUGCAAAAAUCAGAGUGAAUUGCAAAAAACCACCACAUUGAAGCGUAGGUUUGCAGAAAAGACUCUUCUACGAAUUUGUGCCCGAAAAUACUGAUUCUUAGCCUAAUCUUUUGCAAAAAACACUAGUUGAUGGCUUUAGCCCAUUUGAUGACGAUUAUGACAGAUGGAGCCCACCAUUUGCUGAUGUGGCUAACGGUCUUUUUGCCAAAACGUCCUCCCCUCUCUAAAAAAAUUCUCCCCUGAAAAACUACCCUAUCCCUGCUCCUCCACCUCCCUCCGGCGCGCCCCCGCCUCCCAGCGCCGCCACCUCCCUCCCGACGCGCCCCCGCCUCCCAGCGCCGCCACCUCCCUCCCGGCGCGCCCCCGCCCUCCCAGCGCCGCCACCUCCCUUCCCGGCUACGACCCCGACGCGCAGCUCAACCCGCCUUGACGGGAAGGAGGAGGGAUGAGGCGUGGUGGAGACUGGGCCCGCCGGAUCCUGGCGCAGGCCGUCCUUGGACGUGGGUUGUGGAGGCGGGGAACAUCGGACCCGGCCAGAUCUGGCACGUGGUGGCACAGGACGUGGGUGGCAGCGAUAGGAGGUAGUCUGGUCGGCGCGCUAGAGGCGGAGUGGUGGUCGGGGCAGCUGCUCCAGGUAGGCCACCCGGACUGCGCGUUACUCCGUGGCGGGAGGCGGCGACAGGGCUCGUCUACGCGACCGCCCGGUGCGGCGACCUGCCGGAGCAGACACAAGCGCCCUCCUCGCCGCCAAGUUCAGCAGGGGCUUCGCGUCCACCGCCGCCGAGCGGGUUGCGCGCCGCGCCUUGGGCUCAACCUCUGGCGCCCUUGCUCGACGUUUGCGCCAGCAAGAGCAGGCUCGCCUGCGCCUUGAGGAUGCGCUUGUGCCGCGGCCGUGCUCUCUGCUCCCAUUCUCGGUGACGAGACCCAUCAGCCAUGGCCGGCGUGCUGCUGCUCUGCUCUCUGGGCAGCCCAAAUUCACCAGCAGCGCCGCGCAGCUCGGCACAAGCAGCGACGGCGGCGCGCAAGCUGCAACAAGCAGCGACCUCGGCGGUGAGCGCGCGGUGGCCGACGGUACCAAGCGCAUGGCGACUCCAAGCCAGCAGCGCUGCCGCGUGCAUGAACCAGCCACCGCCUCGUCCUCUGGUGCUCGUCCCACCACCGCCAGAUGCGGCACCACCGGCCAACGCCGAUGAGCCAACCUCUUCCCCCCCUCUGGACGGUGUGGCCAUGGCUGGCGACGAGGACCAUGAGCGCCGAUGCCUCUGCUGCAGGCCGGCGACAAGGAGCUGAUUGCGUUUUGUACUUUUACCCGAAGGGUGACUAUGCAAAAAUACCAGGGCCCCACAUGUCAUAAUCUAGGUUAAAAUGCAUAAAACGGUUGAUCAGUGUUUUUUGCAAAAGAUUAGGACUAAAAUCAGUGUUUUGUGGCACAAA